GGCCAUGUUUUAUGAGUUUUUGAUGGUUAGUUUAGGGUUUGGUAUAUAGAGGGCGCGCGAUGUGUGGUUUUGGAGCGGUGGUUGAUGUUUUAUUUCAACAAUGGCGCUUGUUGUUUUUUCGGUCGCACUUUGCGCACUUGGUGAUUUCGUUCGCCGGCGCGCGGCUCUGUGUGCGUGAUGCUGGCGCUGGCCGAAGACUGCACUCGGUGUGGUGAUCGCCGCGCUUGCCGCAUUGAUUCGCGAUUCGCGCAGUGAAUUCCGCGUUUGCGAAUGCAGCACAACCACCACUGUAUCCACCGCUCUGCAUUAUCGACAACCAGUGGUGGUUUUUUUUCGUUCGUUUCGUAUUGAAAUAGAAAUUCGUCGUGUAUGUUUUGUGUUAUGUGGAUGCAGCAAGCGCAGCAGAUGCCUGGCUAGGUGUUGUCGAUGGUGAGGUCACUCCGCGAAGAAACACGCACGGAGGUUAUGUGAAUUGGUGAAAUAAAAAGCGAAAUUAAUCGUGCGUCACGCGUUACUAAAUCAAAAUAAACAAAAUAAAACAAGAUAAACGUGUGGUGUUGUUAGUGCAACAUAACAGUGAUCGUCAUAUGUUUGGUGUUUCGAUGUCGUGAGGAGGAGAGCAUCUGCAGCUGCAAAUGGCCGAAGAGUUGCUCGUGGUGCUCAGCCGCAGCGAGAACAGCGGCUUUGGGUUCUCGCUGCUGGGCAAACCCGGCCUGCCGCCCAUCAUCUUCAACAUCAUUGACGAUUCGCCAGCGGCUGAGAGCGGCGAGGUCGAGAUCGGCGAUGUCAUACUGAAAGUCAACGAGACGGACGUAAACACAUUUAGCACCAAAGAAGUGUUGAAAUGUCUACGUUUAUCCACGGAUCCUGUGACAUUAAAAAUCAAAAGAGAUCCAAAAAUAAAGGCAACAGUCCGCCAACAGCAAUUGCACUCGACCGACGGGGACCUAGCCGGCGUGCAUAGAACAACACCGACGCCGCCGGUCGUUUCCGGUUUACCGGCAUACCAGCAGCACCCGUUGCAGCCGCAGCAGGCGCAGAAUCGGCCCGAGCCGCUCAUCCACAAAACAAAUGGCACCGAUAAAUCCGGCGAUCAGUUGCAGCACAACAACAAGACGACGACGACGAACGGUAACAAGGUGCACCAUCGCAACGCACGCCACCUACAACAACACCACCAGGACGAACUGCAAUGGGAGCCCCUCGGCGGCGAGAAGCCACCCAAGGCCAAGUACGAAGCGUACAUGAUGACUGGCGAGCAUAUUCUGAACAUCUCCAAGACGCAACCACAGCCAAUUAUAGUACCUAAACAAUUAUUUAAGGAUAAUCGCAUGAAGUAUCAAAAUAGCCACUCGAAUCACCAACGACAAAACGUGACGAACCAGCCGCAGCACAAUUCGGUGCCCAACUCCCCCAACGAAAUGGAGAUGGGCCACCGGUCGAAUCACCAUCAUCAUCACAACGCGACGAACUCGGCGAACACUUCCCCUGUCAGUGCCAACAAGCGCACGCACGAUGCGCUCUCGACGCCGUCGCCGUCGGAAGGCGGCGGCACCGCUGCCGGCAAACAAUUCAAUAACUUUGUGCGCACCUCACGCUCUGAGGAUCAACUACAGGACGCGAAAAGUAUCAGCACGGUGGAUAUCGACGUGGAUGACGAUAUCACCAGCUCGUUGAAUACUUUAUUAGAUACCCGACCGGAUGCUAGCUAUGGUUCUGUUGGCAGCGGGAUUGGUACGGCGCCCGCUAGCCAAGCGGAUCGCGAUCGCAUCGUAUGGACUUACAAUGCGCCCGUUGAUGGCCAACAGCUACCAAUCGUGCCGGUUGGUAACGCUGGCAAGGGACAACUGUGUCAUACCAUCUCGAAUGGUAGCAGCUCAUCACCGACGUCGUCGUCGCCGAUGCGCAGUGAUUCCCCACAGUCGCCUACUUCUGUGUCUUCCUCGGUGAUGUCCAGCCAUAGUGGGAGUCGGCGUGCGCCGCCGUAUGCGUUGCCCAAUGGUCCGCAUUCCGAUGCCGCCGCGUAUGGCGCGCCUACCAAUGGUGACUUUAGCGUCUCCGAGGCCAUCUCGAAUAUCUCCAGUCCGGACUACAAUGACGAUGACAGCAUGGGCAUCCGCGACUGCGUGAUGGAGAUCAGUGAUCAUAGUGAUAGUGAUAGUACGUUGCUGGUGUCCGAGCCACGGCAGCCGCAUAAAACUGCUGCGGGUGGUUGUAAUCAAGGUGAUUCCGAGCAUCGCAUUGUGAUACAGGUGAAGGGACCCGAUAAGGAUACGGUGAAGGAUCGCGGGAAGGGGCAGUGUGCAAACAAUCGCCGCGAGCAGGAUACGUUAGACAUUGCACUGCGCAAGUUCCUUAAACAAUUCUCGUCACCACGAUCACGAUGGCAAAACAUGCAGAAGCCGAUAAUGGAGCAGCAUCUCGGCGGGAAUCCGUUCCUGGACGUGCCAAGCCUUGCCAACGCGACGGAAUACAAGAAGGGCUACGUGAUGCGCAAAUGCUGCUACGAGUCGAACGCCAAACGAACGCCGUUUCACAAGCGCAGCUGGAAGAUGUUCUACUGCACACUGCGUGAUAUGGUCCUCUAUCUGCACAAGGACGAGAACGGCUUCCGCAAGAAUCAGAUGGGUGACAAUCUGCAUAAUGCGAUUCGCAUCUACCAUGCCCUGGCGACCAAAGCUACGGACUACACGAAGAAGCAGUAUGUUUUUAGGCUGCAGACGGCUGAUCAGGCUGAAUAUUUAUUCCAAACUAGUGAUUCGAAAGAACUGCAAUCAUGGAUUGAUACCAUCAACUUUGUAUGCGCUAGUUUUUCCGCGCCGCCUCUGGAGGCGGCUGUUGGGUCGCAGAAAAAGUUUCAACGGCCUCUGUUACCUUGCAGUCACACCAAAUUAAAUUUCCGAGAACAAUUGAGAGAUCACGAGGAGAGAGUUAUGAGACUGGAGAGCGAGCUCGAGGAGCAUCGCAGAUCGCCGCCGGAGCGCAAUGCCAAGUCACUAGUCAUGCAGAACUACAAAGAACGCGAAGUUUACCUAAAUUUUGAGGUUAAAAGAUAUAGAGCCUAUGCUUACAUCCUGCGAUCCAAGAUGUCCGCCUAUCCGGAACUGGGCGUGAGUCUGGUGGAGAGUUGCAUCGGCGAGCUGGAUGAAGCCACCGGUUGUCAUCCGGGUGAUGCGCCCGCCACAGCGAUGCCUCCGGUGCAGGCGGAGCCGGCAGCGGCGCGCAAUUCGCGCUCGCCGCAAACAAAUAGGUUAAUUGUGCACAUAAAAUACGUACCGAAGUACGAGUCCCCUAUACCUAGAAGGUGCGUUCUGUUAUGAUUUUGUUUAGUAUUUUUUUUCGAUGUUACCGAGUUGAUUUGACGCUUACACCCAACCGAAAUCAACAUCUCUCACCUCACACACAAUCAAUUAAUUACAAAUGUUACAUUCAUCAAAUAAUUACUAAUUGAAUAUUUGCUAAUACUUUCAGAUAUCGGUACAGAUAUAACGGCUCUUCUCGGUGGUGUUUUUUCAUUGAUUGAUUAAUCCAACUGUAACAAACUUUGUUUUGGUUUUUAUUUCGUAUUUUGUGUUUGCAUGCCUGUUUCUUCAACGUUUUGCUUUGGAAACUUUGAAUAUUUACAAUACUUUGAUGCUUUUUUGUACUAAAUUGGUGUUGCUUUUAGACCUUGCGCAAUUUAUUCCCCAAUUUAAUGAUGUGAUUAUGAUUAAUCUAUUGGAAAUCUAUCUGUUUGUAAUCUAGGAAGUUGGACUGAUGCCAAUGCAGCUAAUCGCGCACGGAUUGUGCAAUAAAUGCAAUUGAAGAUGACGAGCCAGUGGACGCAAAUGCAAACGAAGAGCGCGAGUGAAUUAUGAUGGUAAUAAUUUUAACAAGAGACCAAAGAUCAAUUAUUUAUUAGAUGUACCAUGUACCGGUGUUGUUGGCGGGGAUAUUUUCACUGAUAAACUGAUACACUGCUAAUUUGUUAGCAAAACAUUCAAAUGUAAAGCGUUUUGAAGAUGAAAACAGAACGAAUUCAAUGAUUAUGCAUUUUACAUAGGUAGGGUAUAUAAAUAAUAAAAGAUUGAGGAGUGAAUGAGAUAAAUGAUGAAGAAGAUUUGGCGAAUGGCAUGAUUUCAAGUGAAUGAACAAUACAGUUAUUAAUUUAUAUUUUUACUUAUGAAAUAUGAAAGUUGUUCAGUGCUAAAAAACUAUUUACGGACAUAUUUAAGGCGCAAACACAGCUUAUUUAUUGCCAUUUAUUAUUUUCUAUGUACAUUAAACGCUUCUUAUGUAA